AUGGCUUUAGGCCUAACCAUAGACAUUCAUUUCAAAGAAGGUCUUAUUCGGCGGAUGCAGAUAGCAACAAUUUUCUUCAUUUUAGUUCCUCGGGACUGUCGCUGUACUUUUCAAGAACACUUUAGUUCAGAUAUUCAAGUUGGCAAACAGUGUUCAAAUCCCUGUAAUACAUCAGGAAGUAAUGUUCUGAUCAAUAAUAGGUCUGAGAUUUCACUAAGAACACAGGGUAAGCAAACUUUACAUGGAGAAGAAACUAGCCACAGUAUAAGACAAAGAAACUCUGAAAAUAUUUAUAGAAAGCAAUACAAUGCAACCAAUCCUAACAAUAUUUUCAUCGAUGAUGGCAGGAAAAAUAAAGCGCAUAGUACACCAGAUAAUCUUAUUUCUAAACCAUUAGGCGAUGAAAUUUAUCCGUGCCAUGAAAAUGUGAAGAAAUUCAUUUACAAGACUGCGAAUAGAAAUCUAAGCCAUGACACGAGCUCCGUUUCAAAUUCUUCUAUCCAGACAGUCAAUAUGAACAGCUUAGAGGAUCUUGAUGAUUUCCCUUCAAAAUGGCAAGCUUGCCAAAAACAAACCGGAGAAAUUCCAGUGUCUGAACUCAGUUCCUUUUUAAUAAAUUUAACUGCAGAUAACAGCUUUACUUUAACCAAAAAAAGUCAUGUCAUGAAUGGCAGCAGUGAAGAACUCUGUUUCUUCUGCCGCAGAAAUGAUUUCUUGGAGGGUCAUGCUAAUACAAAAAGCAAUGUCAAGCCGUGUCCAUUUUAUGUCAAAAUAUCCAAUUUCUACUGCAAAAGAGAGGUUUACCAAAUUGAAAUGCAAGGAUAUCAUAAUCAUGCUACGAAAAACAGUAAAGCUAAUAAUCAAGUCCGUCGAAUUCUUCAUCGCUCUGUAAGAGCAUGGAUCAUUGCAUGUCUUCGCUCAGGUAUGAGUUCAAGACUUACAUUUAUGGCCAGCAUUAAUCGUCUAAAUAUUCCAGGAAUAGGCUCGAUCCCAACCAGUAGCAACAAUGCGCGUUUAUCAUCGUCAUCCAAUUCGAUCAUCUGGAAUCCAACGCUGAAGCAGAUCAUUAGUAUUAAGAACAAAUUAAGAAAUGCUCAUCAAUGUCACAUCAGCGAUAACCAUUGUGUACGAAAACUGAUUUUAAAAUACCGCAAUGAUGUAGUUUACAUGAGCACUUUUGAAGACACGGACGCUGUUAAUCAAUUUCUUGAAAUAAGAAAAAAACAUUUACAUAAAUCGAAUUGCUCUAUUGGUCUAACUCAUGUACCCAAAGAUUUAUUUCUUUGCGUAUUGCAAACGGAUUUUAUGCGUAAGCGUAUGAUAAAGAUCCAAAAGAUAAAGCAAGGAGAUGCAAUUUUGCAUUAUCAUACCAUAGAUGGACUUGACUGGCAUGGUCAACCUAUCGGAUUAUUAUUAUACAAAAACGAAUUUGAUGUCGCAGAAAUUAUCGCAUACAUAAUAUCAUCAGAACCAAUCGUUGAGCUGUUAAGUAUUUCACUUUCUAAACUGGUUGAAGUUGGAUUAUCUCCUGAUGCGGGGAUAGUAACUGAAUGGAACUAUGUUGCUAGCUCUUAUAAGUGUAUUUUCGAUGAUUCAUUCUCGAUAUUUAUUAGUAGUUAUCAUUUAGUAGAAGGAUGGAAGAGAUGGUUAGUAUCUGUAAAGAAUCAUCCCAUUAAUUUGACGCCUACUGAAGCAGAUCGCAUUACAAUAUUAAACAAAGUUAAGACAUUAGCAACAACUGACCAGGAAAAUAUUCAUGCAGAAACGAAGCUAGGCUUAUUUAAUUACUGUCGAGAUAGAGGACUCCAUCAUAUUAUUGAGUAUUAUAACGAAAAAUACGCAAAUAAUACCGCAAAUAGGAAAAUAAAUGGCGGUAUAGAAUGGCAAACAACUGGGCAAGUGAGCGAAGAUUGCUGGUGUUUACUAUUCAAAGAGAAGGUUGCUAAAUGGCUUCAGAAUGGCAAUCUGCAUACUAGUAUGGCAUAUCAAGCGCCGUUGAAUUAUAAUAUCGAGAAUAAGAAGAUAACUGUAGUAGAGAAUGUGGUAGAGCGUUUAAUUUGCCUUAUGAAAUAUCAAGAAGAAGCGGUAAAGUUAUUGUUAAGUAAUGAGAAACAAGAUGAUGAAGUGAAAUAA